AUGCCGACGAACUCACUAUGUGGCAAGGCUGUCCUGCACGCCAUGACCCACGGAUUCGCACAAAACCCGGAUCACUACAUUGGGCUUACCGUGCACUCCAGCUACACGGCCUUCCAGGCCUACUACCACAACGGUGACAUGCAUGGCUGCCCACGACCCUGCUUGCCGAUGGAGCAAGCCUGCGUGCCCUACACGCCUCAAUUCCCUGGCAUGAUCCACAUCGAGGAGUGCCGCAAGCAGAUGGUCAAGGACCCGGAGCUCUUUCCAGAAUUGUCGUCGAAGUCCAGCAAUCAGGAGGUCGCCAAAGCCCUGUACAUGCGUGGGGCGCCAGGCGUGCCUCGUGUGUGCGAGGACGACGAGCUGCCAGGACACUCCGUGCCCCUUCAGGAGGCCAUGCAAAACGAGGCGCAGUCUGAAGUCUCUGGGGUCGAGAGGGCAGUGGAGGAGAUCUACAUCCGGGAAGAGCAGGAGCGGGAGGAGCGAGAAAAGCAGAGGGAGGAGGAGGCCCGGCGCGAGAGGGAGGCCAAGAAGAAAGCCGAGGCCAAGAAGAAAGCUGAGGAGGCCAGGAAGAAAGUCGAGGAGGCCAGGAAGAAAGUCGAGGAGGCCAAGAAGACGGCCGAGGAGGCCAAGAAGAAAGUCGAGGCCAAGCAUGACACUGAGCCGCAAGCCAAAGCCAACAACACCGAGGCCCAGAAGCUGGUGAAGGCCAAGGACGUGAGCAAGGCCCAUGGGCAGCACCCGGACGCUUCGCACCAUGCGCCGCACGCGGCCAAGGCAGACGAGGGCGACAAGAGCCAUCCGGAAGGCCUCACGCAGGAGUCAGGCGGUUCAGAAGCUGGAACCGAGGUGGGAGGUGGCGCAAGCACUUUCCCGUCAGAUGAUGCCUCUGUGGAAGACGGCAGCGACGGCAGCGACGGCAGCACUGACAGCGAUGGCGAUGGAUACAGAGGCUAUUCGAGAUACGACCCACAGCAGGGCCAGGACGGGGAGUACGACGGUGGCGAUGACGCAGGAGCCGGAGGGUGGGACGGUGGGAGCAGCGACGUCGGCUAUGACAGCGCCAGCUCAUCAGGGCAAUACGGCGACAAUCGUGGGAUGCUGGACAAGAUGGCGAGCGCACGCUGCUUCACGUCUGGCCGCAGUUUUUCGUUGCUCGAUGCAUCGAGCCAUCGGCCGGCGUCCACGUACGACGUCCGCGCUUGCCAGGUUCACUGCCGAAGCAGCGAGGAGGCUGCGUUCUUUGUGUUCCACGUCAGCUCCGGGCUUUGUCACUGCCCGCCAGCUUCUGCUCAAGCCUUGCAGGCCGGUGCUGACUUCGUGGGCGGGGAGCUGGGCUGUGACGGGUCGGAUGUGAUGACGCGGGACGACAUCUCUGUGCCUGUGCUGAGAAACAGCAGCAGCCAUGUCCCAUACAUCUUGCUGGUGUGUGGCAUUUGCACUUCAUUUGCGCUGAUGGCAACCUUCGCGAAGCGAGGGCGCCUUUCGAGAUCACUGCCGUCUGAUGAUUUUUGCUUCCCAGGCCGCGCCUGUUCGCCCGACUGUGGGCCCCUGCACGAGAUGCGGGCUGUGCCACUAUCGCACCCAUCCGAAGCCUGCAUGCCCCUCACUGCUGAAUCUCUCACAGCAGAAUACGUGUAA